UUUAUUAUAGUACACGUAAAUUGUAAAUUCCAAUUCAAGUACAUAAACUCAUAUUUUUAAAAUAAUUAAUUAUUUAAUAAUAACAACAAUUCUAUUUACCUAUAAUUCUCAUUUACCUACCCCGUGUAAACUAGCUGAAUAAAAAUGAGAAUUACCAUGGCGAUAACGUUCUUCCAUUAAGUUUUUGAAGAAUUUUACGAUGUCCACUUCAGUGAUCGAUUUUAGCAAGGCCUGGUGGUCCGAAGUAUACAACAGGAUCAUUGGAGCCGCCGUGUUCCUGGACGACGCUAGUGCGGAAUGUCUGCACUGGGAUGGAGGGCUAUUCAAUCUCCUAAUGGGAGGAGCUGUUUCUGUGAAAACUUUGUCGCCUUUUGAGACAUCAAGCAAGGACCACAAGAAAGCAGUCUUCAUAACACAAGCCACAUCCACUCAACUGCAAACAGUGUGCGAGAUCAUCCGUAAUAGUAACUUUACUCACUGCAUCUUAAUAUCAUGUGUUAGUCUGGAUGUGGUUUUUUUGGAGCUGAACGAGGGUAGGGAUGUGAGUGAUGUAGUGUCUGCAGCACGGGCACCGGCUGAAGCUAUAAAGCAGUUGGAAGGGAUGCUGCAGGAUGCUAUGGGGAAAACGCAUUCUAUUAUAGAAGUAGUGCACAUACCAAUAUUCACCAUAUCACCAACUAAUGUGGUAUUCCUGACUCCGCCGUACCACAAGCUGUUUCCGCUUUAUGAUGGCAAGUUGAUUCCCGAUUCAACAUCACUGGAUUUAUACUCUUUAUCAAGCAGUGAGAGGUCUCACGUGAGGAGACUGGCUUCCGGACUAAACAGCAUGUUCGAUUCAAUGAAUUUUAAGGAGGAUAUUUAUUAUAUGGGAGCUUUCAGUUCCUUAGUAGCUGGGGUAUUGGAGAAUUCGCCAGUUUGCUUGGCAAGGAGAAAGAAUUGCUCAAAUCCCACUUCCCUCAUCAUAGUCGACCGCACCCUAGAUCUAUGUGGAGUUACCAGCCAUUCCAUGGACUCCGUACUGGACAAGGUCAUGGCAGUGCUGCCCAGAUUCCCGGGGCAUUCGAAUGACGUCGCUGUUGAUAUGUCGGCUCUGUGCCAGGCGAAUGUCACAAACCCUGCAGAAGACUUGCAGCUAAGCCCCGGAUGUUUAUACCAUGCCAACGAAGAUGGCUGCGUCCAGUCAUUCGAGUACAUGAUUAACAAGUCACAGAAAGAGGUCAUGUUCGAUUUGUACAAUAAACUGUCAAAAAUUGACGUGCAGAAGUCACCCAGUCCAAAGACGCUAAUGAAGGUCACCCCACAAAGUGUGGAGAAGAUAGUGAAUGCUUCAAAAGGCAACUAUGACAUCAUAGGCAAGCACGCAGGCGUUCUCCAGCAAGCGAUGGCUGUAGUACACACCCUGAAGUCGCCGAAGCGAGCUCAGAUCGACUUGCUGAUGAGUUUGGAGAGGCAAGUGCAGCAGAGUCUGGUCGCCAGCAGGGACUCCACUAGUGUGCUGCACCAGGUCAGCCAACUGAUAAAAUCAAGAAAGGAGAGGCAACUACCUCUGGAGAGACUCCUCGCAUUGACAGUACAUGUAUACUCUCUCACAGGGACUGAGGUUGCAUUCUCAAAGCAGCAUGAGGACAGUCUAAGAGAGACGCUCAGUGUUGCUAUAUUCGAGGACCACAAGACUUUGUUCGCUGGCGAGGAAAGCAAGAUGGCAACACCAGAGGAAUGUGACGAGAUCGCCAGAAAGAUCAUGGCAAGGUUGAAAGAUGUCGCGCAGAUGAGGAAGAUUUUGACCAAGUACAAUUCAGUGCUGAAACGUUGCGAGACGGGUGUUGGCCACGAGUAUCGAGGAGUUCUCCAGCAGUUGGUGGAAGAUCUGGUGGACACCGAGAGACCUGAGAUACCUGAUUUGAGACACCGGAACGAAGGCAUUAAGGAUCUGUUGAGGAGCGGACUCAACAUUCUAACGAGCAAGAAGUCCCGUACCUCAAAACAUCCCUUAGACAACUCUGUAGUGGUAAUUUUUGUCAUCGGUGGAAUAACAUCAGAGGAAUGCAAGCGUCUCCAUCGGUCAGUGAUCACUAGCGGGGUGGACAACUCUGUGCUGAUAGCUUCUACGAGGCUGGUCACCCCCGUGGAGGCUAUGAGGGAUGUGCUGGCUUUAUAGCGGUUAAGGGCUUAAAGGGCUCGUCUUUCAAUGAAACAUUACUUCAUUUAUAUUGUCGUCGGUUUAAGGGACUUAAUAAUAGAACCACUCCAUGUUUUUCCCAUGGAUGUCGUAAAGGGUGACUAAGGCUUAUAAAGUUGGGAUUCCUCUUGUAGGCGAUGGACUUUCUCACUAUUUGAAUCUCAAUUCCAUCAUCAAGCCAAACAUGUGAACGUGGCCUUUUGGUCGUUUCUAGACAAUUGGCUCUAUCUACCCCGCAUAUGUACGUGAUUAUAUGUAUGUAUGGCUAAAUAAUGGUAUUGGGAUUCAAAUAGUGAUAUGUUGCUUGCCCAUCGCGUACAAGCAUAAUCCCAAGAUUAUAUCUUUCCCUUAGUCACCAGUCAGAGGUGACUCAAGAUAUAGUGAAAUAUAUAUUUCACCCAUGCUAGUCAUUUAAGCUAUUUAGAAAGGGUAAAUAAACUAAAUUUCGUAUAAAUUAGCUUGAUCAUCUCGAUGGUCUAUAAGUAUUUUUUUUAUAAUUAUAAUAUUUCUUCAUAUAAAGUUAGUGGUGUAUGGUUAUUGAUAUUUUUUGUGUUAUAAAUAUAUGAAGAUUUUAUGAAUAUUUAAGAUGAGCGUAAAACGCAAUGCAAUUACAAUGCAAAUUAAUAAAUGUUACCUAUUUAUGUCGUGGACAA